UAUUUUACAUAUGUAACGCUUUUGUCAUAGAAUGAUGUGCACCAGCUUCCGCUUUUGUGCUUCCUUGUUGUUUCCACACUUUCCACGGGCUGCUUCCACGUGUUUUUAGAGUAAUGCCAGUAAACAGCAGAAGAGAGCAAGGAAAAGAUGCUGCUGUGCAGGGGACUAAUGACAGCAGUGUGGUCAGUAAGGUGUCAGCAGCAGCACAGGGCUACUUCCACGAUGAUUUCCUUAAGCAUUUUGUGUGCAAGGUGUCAAGAAGAGCUCCACUGAUUAAUAGAGGUUAUUAUGUGCGCUGGAAAGCAGUCGAUCACUGUCUGAAACAGUUUUUCCAUGCCACUCAAUCCUGCUCGAGGAGACAGAUUCUGUCACUUGGAGCCGGGUUUGACUCCCUGUAUUUCCGGCUGCAUGCAGAAGGAGCCCUUGGAGGCGUCACAGUUUUCGAGGUUGACUUUCCAGAAGUUGCCCGGCGCAAGGCUGCCUUGAUCAAUAGCAAUACUUGCCUGAAGGACACGUUGCCAGAUAGGGAGACUGUCUCAAAUCAGCAGACAAAUGCUGUGUUCAUCAGAAGUGGUCAUUAUAAUCUCAUUGGUGUGGAUGUCAGGAAGGAGCAGGAGGUGGAGGUGACUCUGAGCGCAGCUGGACUACAGUGGGAUGCUCCCACACUUGUCUUGUCAGAGGUCGUGCUGACUUAUAUGGAAACACAAUGGUCAGAUGCUGUGAUUGGCUGGGCUGCCAAGUUACUCCCACAAUCUGUGUUUGUGAUGUAUGAACAGAUCCACCCAGAUGACCCCUUUGGCAGGGUCAUGCAGAACCACUUCCUGAAGCUCAAUUCUACCAUACACGCUCUCAAACAAUAUCCAGACACUGUCGCUCAGACGCAGAGAUUCAUACAGAAGGGCUGGGAAAAAUGUGUCUGUAUGGAUAUGAACCAGUUCUACUUUGACCUUCUUCUUGAAGAGGAGAGGCAGAGAGUCGAGGGACUGGAGCCUUUUGAUGAGUUUGAGGAAUGGAACCAGAAAUGUUCCCAUUACUUCAUCCUUACAGCCUCCAAAGGCUCUGUGACCAAUCAAGCACUUCUCACGCUACCGAAGGUGUCCUCCAUCCCUCACAUGACUCCCCAGUGGGCCGAGCGUCCUCCCCUGGUUAUUCAGCCCAUGUGUAGGUCUCCGAGUAUAGAAGUUGUUGGCAUGGCUUCUGCUAUCCUCGCACCUGGAAUCAUCUUACUCACCGGAGGCUGUGGGAGAAGUGGAAGAAACACAGCAGCGAGGGUCCUGAUCAAAGAGAAGGAUGGCUGGAAGUGUGCCUGUGUGGAAGCUCACGGAGAACAAGUGGUUGGUCUUUAUCAGACGUUGACCUCUAUCCCUGGAGGUGGAGCAGUCCUCUUCGGUGGCAGAACUUCUCCACUCAAUCCAACAGACAGUGUUGUGUGUGUGACCUCUGACCCUAGUAACAAGCAAUCCCAAAGUGCUGUACAGCUGUCAUUUAAGAACAUGGUUUGCACCGGCACUGGUCCAAAACCACGAUGGCGACACACAUCAACCUUGAUAUGUUAUAAAGAUAAGACCUUUCUAUUUGUGUUUGGAGGACGUACAGAGAAGGAUCCGGUUCUGAGUGAUGCACAUUUCCUGUGUUUGGAGGACAAACACUGGACUGAGAUGACAGUUGUUGGUGCUGUUCCGGAAGCCCGUCAUUCCCAUUCUGCUUGUCCCUAUGGAGGGGGGCUUGUGAUAUUUGGAGGUCUGGGGAAAGGUGGCAGACCUCUCUGUGAUGCUUUCUACCUGAGACCCACAUCAUCAGGUUUCUGCUGGGAGACAAAGAAUUUACAUCCACCCCCAGUACCCAGAUAUUCUCACUCAGCCCAUGUUGUAAAUGAGAAGAUGGUUGUGGUUGGUGGAGUUUGGCUUCAGGCUGAUGGAGUACCAGGAGUUGCUGUAAUAAAUCUGAGCACUGGGAGCUGUGUGGAGAUCCAGCUGGAUACCUCAUCUGUGCCUUGGCCUCUGAUGUUGCAUUCAUUCUGCUCUGAGCUGCUGGACUCUGAGGGGUCUGAGAUGGUGCUUAUUGGUGGAGGUGGAAAUUGUUUCUCAUUUGGAACUCACCUCAAUCUCCACCACAUAACUGUAGAUCUAAGACCAAUACUUUGCAAUUCAUAUUAGUCUGAGUACAAACUACAAACAAGCAACAAAUGUGCUGCUGAGUGGAUCUCCAGCAAAACUUUAUUUCAGCUGGAACUUCAGUGAGUCACAGCCAAAUAGCCCAAGUAUUAUGACACAGGGAUAUCACUCAGUGAAGCGACGGAAAGACUGCACGGUGGGACAGACUGCACCCCACUCCACUGGUUUGCGGUAGUUGCCCUUCUCCAGGAAGUACUGGUGGCCACGGUAGUUGGGAUGCUCGUAGAAGAUCCAGUAACCGUCCAGAACUUUGCAGGAAUGGACCUCUCUCAGACGGAACCUCUCCAGCACAGAUGGACAGUCUUCAAUGGACUCUAUAGCCUGGCCUGUGAAGUCAGGCUUGUCGUACAGCUGAACCUUGUAUUGCAUUCCACUUGUCUGCAUGGGUUGGAUUUAUUUGGGUUUGGGAAGGGAAAAAGGGUAGAAAUAUGCAAUAGAGAUAUUCAUUCAGGGCAGAAAUUGUUCUGAUAUUUUACAGAUUCAACAUAUCAUACUUUUUAUAUGGAGUUGUAUAAGUGUUGGAGAAGAUGAACUCUAAUGUCAAAACAAAGUAAAUUAAAAAUAAUUACA